AUGCCUAAGGAAACCACUAAGCGCGGCAAGACCGGCAAGGUUGAGAAGAGAAAGGGCAAGAAGGACCCCAAUGCACCCAAGCGUGGUCUCUCAGCGUACAUGUUUUUUGCCAACGAGCAACGUGAGAACGUUCGUGAUGAGAACCCGGGUAUCUCAUUCGGCCAAGUUGGCAAGAUUCUCGGCGAGCGAUGGAAGGCCCUGAACGACAAGCAACGCACCCCAUACGAGGCGAAGGCUGCAGCCGACAAAAAGCGAUACGAGGAUGAGAAGCAAGCCUACCAGGCUGGCGGCGAUGAGAGUGAAUAA